AUGAAUAUACUUGAAUCACAAGUUACCGAUUUAAAUUACUUGGCUGAAUCACCUAUGGAGGUACCAGGUUUCGAUAAUAUCAAUGGUCAACAGUCUUCGGAAUCACCCGCAGAUACCGGGGCUCAGAGCGGAAACAAGAGAAAAAGUAUGUCGGGUGAAGGAGAAUCAACAACAAAUGGAAACUCAAAGGAUAGAGAAGGGGCUCCACACACGAGAGCAAAGAGAAAUAGAUAUAUAUCUAUCGCCUGUAAUGAAUGCAAACGAAGAAAGAUCAAAUGUAAUGGAAAUACACCAUGUCAGCGAUGCGGAAAUCUCAAUCUCGACUGUCAGUAUGCUCCGAAUUGUUGUACCAAUGGCUUCAAAGAAUCGGAAGAGUUUCGCCAGAUGAACUCACAGCUUGCCGCACUACACGGACAAGUGGAGAAUCUAUAUGCGAAUCUAAAUGCGAUGCGCGCAGGUGGCGAUGGAGGUGGAGGUGGUGAUGGCAGCACACCUUUUGGGCAAUCAUCAGAAAGAUCACUGUCAAUCUCACAACAUUCCGGACCACAGGCAAACUCUCCUAGAUAUGAACCUAUAUCACGACAUCCUUCAUUUCGUGGACCGACCAGCUCAGCUUUCGGAUUAGAUGUGGCAAAGAACACACUUCAUAAUAUGGGAUAUCAGGAAAUGACAGAUCAAGGGAUUUUUUCUCAAGAUCCUACACCGGUAGCAUCACCACCAUCUAUACGACCCAGGGUAUUACCAUCCAUAAGUACGAAUGGCAUUCGAGCUCCAGAUCCAUUGAGAAGUGUAUCCCGAGAAGAAAUGGUUCGACUUUGUAGGGUAUAUGAAGAAGAAAUGGGUCUGAUGUAUCCUGUCUUGGAUAUAGAGAAACUAAUUCAUCAUGGAAUCACGCUUUUUGAUUCCAUUGAUGCUGCAGUGAGGAGUGGCCUUGCCAGCUCGAACAUCAAUCAAGGAAUUGAUAAUAUCAAUUGUUGUAUGUUGAAAACGGUCAUGGCUAUCUCAAUGAUUAUGGAAGGCAGUGGGCAGAGUGAUAUGGCCUUCCGAUUAUUUGAGAGCGUGAAAGAGUCUGCUGAUCAUGCUUUGCAUAAUGAAAUUGUGGAGGUCAGAACUCUGCCUUUCUUGGUACUUGUGUUGUUGUCAAGCAACCGGGACCCGCAUCGAGCAUACGGGGGUGAGAAGGUGGAUCCCUUCAACUUUACAUUCAGUGGCUUGAGAGAAAAGAAUCUAUGGAUGGAGAAGAAGGCCGCAGCAAAAAUGUGGUCGAGGGUGAUAAGCGAAGAACCACAAAAUAAACCUCAGUCGGUGGCAGUACCAUCUAUUCGGGCAAUAUAUCAUUUCCAUUGCGACAAAGAAGCACUGGCUUGGCGCAUAAUUGGUCAAGUUGCGCGAAUGUCAAUUGAAUUAGGUCUUCAUAGACGUGAUUCUUUAUUUAAAGUUGUGGUUGAUGAACCAGAACGGAUAGCUGUCACCAAACUUUUUUGGUCAAUCUACGUACUCGAUCGGAGAUGGAGUUUCGGUACAGGCAUGCCUUUUGCUUUACAAGAUACAGAUAUCGAUCCUACUUUACCCAAACCAGAUAACACCGUCCCGUAUCUACAUGUUAUGAUAGCAUACUCAACAAUCGGUUCUAGAGUUUGGCGCUCAAUUUGUUCCUUCACCUCCACCUCGACAUCGACGACGACAAUAGAUGCUGCAGAGUUGAACUACUUAAAUUAUCAAAUUGUUGAAUGGCAGAAAGCGAUACCACCUCAACUGCAGCUUCCAAAUGGUUCUGUACCACCAACUACCUCUCGCGCCGUUCAUCGACUACAAAUACUUCUCUACCUUCGUGCUAAUCAAAUGCGUAUCCUUAUUUACCGCCCUGUACUACAUUCGGCGUCUUCUAUACAAGAGGAUCCCUCGCACGCGACUACGGUCGUCGAACUUGCAAAAGAUACAAUUCGAGUUCUCACACAUCUCAACCAAACCUCUGAUAUUUAUCGCGUACAACAAGUUUGUUUCAAUUACUUUCUAAUAUCUGCCCUGGCAGUCAUAUUUCUCGCAAGUUGUCAUGCUCCUGUGACUUUCAGUUCAUUUUGUCGGGACGAAUUUUACAUGGCACUCGAUCUCGUCAAGGGUUUCUCCAAUAAAUCCUUCGUUUCGAAACGUCUUUGGAGGACAAUCAAAGGUUUAAAAGAAGUAGCGCCAAAACUUGGACUAUCGCCUACACCAAAUGACCAUCUCAACAAUACAUUAGGAGCGGAUGAUGCACAUAGUAGCGCUGCACUUGCUAUGGCUGGAUUGGCAGGUCAUGAGAUUACGGGGUUGGGAGGAGGAUUCGAUACAAAUGGACAUGGAGGUGUACACGGAAUGGGUAUAGGAACGGACAGUAGUCAGAUGACUGGAAAUCAAAUGAGUUAUGAAAUGACGAAUUUAUUUGAGGCAGCGUUAGGUAUGGGCAGUGGUCAUGGUGGGUAUGGCGUUGGUAAUGGGAUUGAUGGAACACCGGGAGUGGGAGGAGAUGGUGUGGGUGUUGGUUCAGUUGCUGUAUUUGGAGAGGGGGAUGAAUUAUUUAGGCAGUGUAGAGAUUUGUUUUAG